UGUAUCUCUUCACCUUACACGGGGAACAAAAGUAAAGUGUUACAAUUCGAACCCAGACUCUGUACGGAAUACUAGAGAUUAAAGGGUUGAGAUUUGACACUCGACGUGAGAUGUCCACAGGCAUUGCAGUGUCGUUGUAAAAUCCCAGCCAGAUGUUUAGAUCAAGAGAUCAGUGUGUCCUGCAUGAUGGCCGCUGCAGUGAAUGCGAGGGGGCAGCCUGCCCUCCCCAAAAAAUUACGCCUCACUUGAACUGAACCUGAGCAUUGCGGGCCAUUUGUGAGAUUGUCCGUUCUCCAAGACCCCGUUCGUUUAGUUCGGGCAAGGAUGGCCGCAAGCUGGAAGGCAGACCCAGAACUUAUGGAUCUGGAGGAAGAGGAAUUAUGGGAGAUGAUAAACCGACACAGGUGUAAAAUUGUUUCAAGAUUACAUCCAGAACGGCUUACUCCAUAUUUGCGCCAAAUCAAAGUGCUAGAUUCGUUGGACGAAGAAGAAAUUCUGCAUUCGGUCAGGUUGUCAACAAGACCAAUGAGACAAGGAUAUCUCCUGGACCUGCUUCGUACUCGGGGGAAGAAUGGUGCUGUGGCGUUCCUGGAAAGCCUGCUCCUGGUGAACCCCAAGAUGUACACCCUCAUUACAGGAAAGGAAGCUUCCAUCGCCCCCAACAGCUUCAGCAGACUGAUAGACAGCGGCCAGCUGAAUGUGUUCCUGUUGAGCUCAAUGAGCAGCUUGCACGAGGAAUUAACGAAGGAGAAACAGCUGAAGGAUUCCUUACUGUAUCACCUGCGCAAGUUAUGGGACAGGUUUAAACAGCUGGAGACGGAAUGCAAGUCUCUACGCAACAUGGAGACAGAGAACCAUCGACUCCACAAGGAAAUGGACGAACAAAGCCAGGCACUGAGCAAAUUAAAGGAUGUACAGUAUGAUCUGUCCAUGAGCUACUCGCUGGCACUACAGGAGAAAGACACCAUGCAGACCAGGAGCAGUGAACUCCAAGAACAGGUGUACGCCAUGAAGGAAGAGCUUCAUCGAGUUCGGAUUGAGCUGCAGGCGGCUCAGAACUGGAGCACCACCACCCUGUGUGAAGAGGAGCUAUUUAUGCUCAGGAAGGAGAACCAAAAACUGAGAGAAAUGCUGGAGAUUAAAGAACAGGACAAGUUGCUGCAACUGGGUGAGAUGCAACAAGCAGAUUUAACUCCGGAAAAUGCUCAAAAACUGCUGAACCAGCUUAUUUGUGCCAGGGAGAAGAUUGCAUCCUCGGAGGCCUUAGAGAAGACGUGGCAGGAGGAGAAAGAGACCAUUUUGAAAGAAAAAUGCCAUCUACAAACUGACAAUGAUAUCCUAAAGAAGAAAGCCGACGCAUUUCACCACCAGGUUUCUGAACUGCAGAAGGAACGAGACCAGGCCUACCAAGCUCGUGAUAUGGUUCAAGCUGAGAUAUCUUCAUUCCUGGCAGAAAAAGAUGGUCUGAGGCAGCAAGUCAUGGAACUAACUGACUCCAACUCUAAGCUCAGACUGCAAAUUCGGAGUCUGGAGGAGCAACUGCAGACACAGAGGAUGAGAAGAAAUUGCAUGGACACUGAACAGAGAGAAAAAUGUCUAAAGUUCAAACACCAGAGACUGGUCCGAAUGGACGCCAUCUGCCCCUCCGAGGAGGCUGACCGGAUCUCAAACUGUAGCAUCGAGCCUUGGCAAAUAAACAAUGACACCUGCUCCAGUUUGGGUGAGAAUAUCCUGCCCUGCAGCACUCCCAUUCAAGAAGGAUAUCAAAGUGCCUUCACCAAGAGUUGUUCCACUAAUCUUCCGGAUCUCCUGCAGUGUGAAGUAGCAGACUUGGACUGCGAGUCGGAAAUGGAGUACAAGAAAGAUCUCCAGAUGUUCUCUAAUAUGGAAAGUGGUGAGAGCACGGAGGAGAAAGGAUUAUCCAUGCCACGAAGGCGUCAUGCCCAAAGAAUGAACACGCGGACAACCAUAAUAGCUUUCCAGGGUGAUGACCUUCUAAAGCAGAUCUGCAUCAUUGGGGGAAACAAAACAGGAAUAUUCAUCCACCAGGUGACCAAGGAUUCCGCAGCAGAUGAGAUGUCACUGGUUCCAGGAUGUCAGAUAAUGGCUGUAGAUUUUGAUGUCAUGAAUCCCUCUCACAGGGUGGAUCUGGAAGGGAUGACUUCAGAAGAUGCCCACUGGACACUGAACAGAGUGAACGGGUUCUGCUGUCUUUCCAUUCGAUGCAACAUGGACGAGUACCGUAAGUUGCUGAAUGAUAUAGACAGCGGAUCAGCCGUUUCGGGGGACUCCUUCUACGUACGUGUCAACCAAUCUAUGCCAGGACGGUUAGGGGGCGGCAUGCAGGUCACAUGUGGUGAAAUACUUCACAUUAAAGACACCAUGUACAAAGGGCGUCAGCAGUGGUAUGCUCACAGAGUCAAUCCCUACACCAUGAAUGACGGCGAGUCUGGAUCAAUUCCCAACUAUCGACAGGCUCAGGAACAUUUAAUCAGCUCCAUCCAGACCAUAACGUGGCAGAAUGCUGUCCAUCGCAAGUCAAAAAAGCAAGUCCGCAUAGUGAGUACAGACCGGUGCACGUCUCACUUGCUGUGGACAUCUAUAGACUGUGGACUUUGUCGAUGUGAAGAUUCCUCUACAAGUUCGGCACUGACCAGAAGCUGCUUCACGCUGAUGCCAUACACCUUGGUGACACAAAUCAAGGUUACGUUACCACGACCGGUCCUGGUUGUCCCUUCUUUGCUUGGCCGACAUCUGAGUGAGAAGCUCUGUGCCACCAAGGACUUCAUGAAAUGUGAUACAGAAUGCUUGACUGACGCAGAGUACGCGGCAAAGUAUCAGCGCGGUGAUGUGAUCGGUGAGAAGGAGGGUGAGAGGUCUUGUUUCACCAGACAUACUGUGUCUUGUUUCACCAGACAUACUGUGGAGUCUGUGGCCCAGCAGAACACACACUGCCUCUUGGAACUUGGUCUGUCUUGUCUGGCUCCUCUGAUCCGAGUGGGGAUCUACCCAAUUGUCCUGCAUGUCCCAUUGACAGAGAAGAGUAUAAAAAAACUGAAAAAACCACUCCAUUGGUGGAGAAACUGGGAGGAUCUCCUCUUGGAGUGUGCGCAGCGGGAGGAGACAGAGUUAGACGCCUUGCCAUGCUUUUACCGCACCGUGGAACCAGAGACGUGGAACGAUACGGAAUCUCUGCUGAGCAGCGUGAAGGAAGUUAUAAUGGACGAACAAAAACGCUUUGUGUGGCUGGAGAACAAGCUGUGCUGAUCGUUGGAUGUUAAACGUGUCCAAAACUUCACAGCUCGUUUCAUAUCAGAGGAUGUCGGGUUUCAAACCAACUGUCCAGGACUCCCUAGCAGCACAGGUCCUCAAGAUCGCCUGAAAAGCUAUUUUCACACUUCCUCUGAGACCACUGCUGGCGGAUAAAGAGAAACAA